CGCAGACUAGCUCACCCCCCCUAGCCCCGUCCUUCUACCCUCGUGCAUCGCAGUGCAACCCACCCCCUCGCUAGUGCUUAGCUCAUUACAUCAUCUCCCUUUUAAUAUUUGCCCGUUGCCACCAUCGUUGUCAUGGUAACUAUAACAGAUUCGACAGAGGCCCCAGGAGGAGUGUAAAACUGAAACUGCAGAAAUGACAAAGUUCGGUCGAAAGAGUGAUCGUCAACAAUUGCAGAUUUGGCCUUCUGGAAACUUCUUGGCAAGGAAUGCACCGUUUGGGACCCUCGACACUCCAGCCACGACCAUCAAAAUAAUUGGCAGUAAAUACGUCCCUGUUUUAGAGACUAAAGAUAAAAACAGCCAUUUCAAAGGUUACAGAAGUUCCAGGCGUUUGUUAGCCCUUGACCCCAUUUCAGAUAAACCCACACAAAUCAACCCAACCCUUCUUCAGGCAAACACUAAUGAAGAUUCACAGGGCAACAGCUCUCCCAAUCUGAUGCGGAAGACCCCUCUUGGGUUUCGACCCGAUUCCAAAACCAUGAAGCUCAGCCCCUACAGCACCCUGCCUCCAAUCGCACGGUACCGCACCAAGAACCAGAUGUCGACCGUCUUUGAGCCGGAGUGCUGGACAUUACCUCGCAAGGAUUUCAUGAACGGCCGAGAACACAGCUCGGGUUACCUCGGCAAAACCGAGGACCCGAAUUACCUCACGCGCCAACAACACCUGCAGCAACAGCAGCGGUCAGUGGCCCCAGGGGUCACCGCUGAGAGCCAACGACAGCAGCAGCUUUCUCUGGACAUUCAGCAUGAUGUAUUCACGGACAGCAACACACAAACUGACCACCCUCAGCAGAAUUUAGUGACCGUCAACAAUAACGCCAUGACCACCCCUGCUGCUUCGGUCAACAACAGUGCUAGCACCACCGAGGACGGCGCCGCACUCCACGUGCUUCAUGCGGCUCAUGCUGACCACAUCAGUGACCGGCAGUACUUACUAGGACUAUUGCCGAAACUUCCAUAUCUACCGUCCGAACCACUCCGGCUCAACGCGGACACGGAGAUAAAACUGAUGAAGAUGCUGCACGAUGAACUGGCCACCGUCCACCCGAACGUACUCAGGGAAAUCUACAUGAUGCUGUGUACGUUUGACCGCCGACUGACCGGCUGGUGCCGGCUCCAGGACAUCAGUUUCACACUGUCGAAAAUGAAGGUAACCAUUUCAACAGACACUCUCAGACUUGCGGCAUCUUUAUUUGUGGCCAAAGACUAUCCAGGGUUGGUCAAUUAUGAGAAAAUACUCUCUCUGUUUGGUGCAGCGCUAAAGUUUGGACACAACAGCAAUGUUGUAAGAAACCAUAUUGAAAAGAAUUCCAUUCUCAGCCAGUUGCAACAACCGGAAGAUUCUCCACCAAAAUAUUUCAACAAUAAUCUUGAAAAACCAGGAGAUCUUCCAAAAGGGGAAUCUCCUUUGCCUGACCAGGACAUUGCUAAACUAAUUCGCGCUGUUGAACGAGAACUACGACAGGUCAACUACAACAUAAAUUUUGACAAGUUGACCUCCAGCUUCCAAACCGAAGAUCGAAAUCACAGAGAGACCCUUUCGGCCGAUCAGAUUAAACGUGUUUGUUACCGAAAUUCGAUUCCGGUCAGUGAGUCUCUGCUGGACGACAUUCUUUACCGAUGCUGUGAUGUUAGCAAUGGACAGUAUAGUUGGCACAAGUUCAUCUCGUUCCUAGAACGUGUGCAACCGAUCCACACCGGACUCAGGAUUCCUUCCAGCAAAAGGCCACUGGAGUACGCUAAGAACUACCUGGCACCGUUACCAAACUGGCCAAAAGCUACACAGUCGCCUAGGGAUGUAACGCAAAAGGUGUUGCCAACAAGAGAACAGUCUCUCUUAGCUGCCGGCUUACCCUCAAACAAACGAAUGGACGGAAACAGGGAAAGAAACACCCCACAACAUCAGAAAGACGAAGAUAAAUCACGGCUGAAAGAUGGUGAACAAAUGGCUAGGGGUUUGUCCCCUAAUUACGGUGACAGGUGUACAGACCCCAUGGGGACACUGAAAGCACAGACAGGGAUCAUUGCUGACGAUGGAAGUUGGUUUGACAGGUUUAUGAAACUGGCCAACAGACUUUAUGCUCAAGACUCGGACCAUGCAGGUUUCCUCCCCCUCGACGACGUCUGGAGCCUUGUCCACGCCAGCAACAGCAAAUACAACCUGGGGCUGCCGGAGCUGAAGAUUGAACACGCAAUCGCCGAAUCACUGGACCACAAUCAAGUCAACCUGCAUAGCAUGUUGAAGCAGCUGGGAGGAAUACCGAGUUGAGGGUCAACGAACAUCUCGUCUCCACCCACGACCACCACUGCUGCCGCUGCCGUCACCCUUUGAAUCAGUGGAGGUGGGGGUUGGUGAGAGGGGGGAGGGGUGGAGCAGUGAGAUAAUGUGGUGUUGUUAUUGUUGUUGUUGUUGAUGCUGACUUAUAGGAGUGAAUGACCCCUGGAGGGGGAAAAAAGGAUUGAGUGCAUGUGUGUGUGUGAGAAACCAUAUACAUACAUGAGUGUGUGUGUGAGUGUAUAUAUGUGCAUGUGUGUGUGAGUAUAUGUAUGUAUGAGUGUGUGUGAGAAAGUAUAUGUGUGUGUGCAUGUGUGUGUAUGUUAUUGGGAUUGAGUGAGGGCAUGAGGUUAACUGAAUGAAUGUGAGUGGUGAGUGAGAGUGAGAGUGAGUGUGACUGAGUGAGUGUUAGUAUGAGUCAGUGAAUGUAGGAGCAUUUCGUGAGUGUACCUCAAAGUAGACUUGCAAACACAGAUGGACAACUUAAUUUUGAUAUACUUUCAUGAAGUAACAGCAUGUUAGCGUCCUCAUCACCACCACAGACAUCAGUAUCCAGUUUCAUUUCCAUCUCAGAUAUCAAACCCAUUCCACAUUCCAUCUCUACUCUCUCCUGUCACAUCAUCCCCCACUCUUCUUCCUUUACUCCUCACAAAAUCAAACCUUUCGAGUUAUUACCCUAUUCCACCUUUUUCCAACACAUGACAACCUACAGUUGUCAACCAACAGCUGUCAAACAGCAAUUGUCAAUUUCCAGCUGUCAACUAACAGCUGUUGUCUGACAGUUGUCAAAUGGCAAUUGUCAAUUUCCAGCUGUUGUCCAACAGUUGUCAACCAACAGCAAUUGUCAAUCAUCAGCUGCUAGCUAGCAUUUGUCAAUCAACCGCUGCCAACCAGCAGUUGUCAAUCAAGAGCUGUCAACCAACAGUAGUCACUCUGCAGUUGUCAAUGAACAGCUGUCAACCAAUGGAUAUCCUAUUACUCUCAACCUACAGAUCUCUUGCAGAUAUCAACAAGAUAUGUCCUACUGGUGUCAACUUAUAGAUGUCCUGCAGAUGUCAACCUGCAGAUGUUCAACUGACAUCAGCAUCCAAAAGUCAGCCUAUUAAUGAACUAAAAUUGUCAAUCUAUAGACAUCAAGAGACACUGUCCUACCAACAUCAACCUACAGAUGUGAACUAUAGAUAUCCUGCAGAUCUCCAACAGAUAUCACAUAACAGAUCUUCUAGAGAUAUCAGACUAAAGAUUUCUUUCAGACCUACUCAGACGCAAGACAUUCUAUUGCGCUGUGGCACCAUCUUACAGCCAGAUGGACUGAACUGUUGAUGGUUAAGCGUCCCCUUAAACUUGAUCCUUAUUUGAUUAACACUGUGACAAACCCCUACCAACACCAUGAGAGGCUUCUUAUCCUAUCCAUCCCUGCCACUCCAUAAUAAAAUAUUUCCAGUUCCUAAACAUUGUCCUUUUAUAAGAAAAAAGAAAAAAAACUGUGGAGGAGGGUUAAGCCUGUUACACACGUGAGAAUGGAUGUUAUAUAUAUAUAUAUAUAUAUAUAUGUGUGUGUGUGUGUGUGUAUAUGUGUACAUAUGAUGUAUAUAUAUAUAUAUAUAUAUAUAUA